AUUACCGGAGCUGCUGGCUCGGGAGCGGCUGGCUCAGGAGGGGUCGCUACCUAGGCCAGACGAGGCCGCCCGCCUCCCCGAGCUCCUUGCGCUUCUCCCGCCCCCGGCCUCGCUCUCUCUGAAGGGGUGCGCCCGCGCGGCUCCGCGCUCCGGCGCCGCCCACUUCCCUCCCCGCGGCCGCUCCUCCCUCCGCCCGGACAGCCGGCGGCGGCGGCGGCGGCGGCGGCGGUGGCGGCGGCCGGGAGAGGCCCCUCCUUCACGCCUCCUUCUUCCCCUCGCUCCGAGCCGGCGGACGCGGCUGGGCCCCCAACCCUCCCUGGGCCAUGGCCGGCAACGUGAAAAAGGGCUCUGGGGCCGGGGGCAGCGGCGGCACCGGGGGCUCGGGCGGCCUGAUCGGGCUCAUGAAGGACGCCUUCCAGCCGCACCACCACCACCACCACCUCAGUCCCCACCCGCCGGGGACCGUGGACAAGAAGAUGGUGGAGAAGUGCUGGAAGCUCAUGGACAAGGUGGUGCGGUUGUGUCAGAACCCAAAGCUGGCGCUAAAGAAUAGCCCACCUUAUAUCUUAGACCUGCUGCCAGAUACCUACCAGCAUCUCCGUACUAUCUUGUCAAGAUAUGAGGGGAAGAUGGAGACACUUGGAGAAAAUGAGUAUUUUAGGGUGUUCAUGGAGAAUUUGAUGAAGAAAACUAAGCAGACCAUAAGCCUCUUCAAGGAAGGGAAAGAAAGAAUGUAUGAGGAGAAUUCUCAGCCUAGGCGAAACCUAACCAAACUGUCCCUGAUCUUCAGCCACAUGCUGGCAGAACUAAAAGGAAUCUUUCCAAGUGGCCUCUUUCAAGGAGACACAUUUCGAAUUACUAAAGCAGAUGCUGCAGAAUUUUGGAGGAAAGCUUUUGGGGAAAAGACAAUAGUCCCUUGGAAGAGCUUCCGGCAGGCCCUUCAUGAAGUACAUCCCAUCAGUUCUGGGCUGGAGGCCAUGGCUCUGAAAUCCACUAUUGAUCUGACCUGCAAUGAUUAUAUUUCAGUUUUUGAAUUUGACAUCUUUACGCGACUCUUUCAGCCCUGGUCCUCUUUGCUCAGGAACUGGAACAGUCUUGCUGUAACUCAUCCUGGUUACAUGGCUUUCCUGACAUAUGAUGAAGUGAAAGCUCGGCUCCAGAAAUUCAUUCACAAGCCUGGGAGUUACAUUUUCCGGCUGAGCUGUACUCGUCUGGGUCAGUGGGCUAUUGGGUAUGUCACUGCUGAUGGGAACAUUCUCCAGACAAUCCCACACAAUAAACCUCUCUUCCAAGCACUGAUUGAUGGCUUCAGGGAAGGCUUCUAUUUGUUUCCUGAUGGACGGAAUCAGAAUCCUGACCUGACAGGUUUAUGUGAACCAACUCCCCAGGACCACAUCAAAGUGACCCAGGAACAAUAUGAAUUAUACUGUGAGAUGGGUUCCACAUUCCAACUGUGUAAAAUAUGUGCUGAGAAUGAUAAGGAUGUAAAGAUCGAGCCCUGUGGACACCUCAUGUGUACAUCCUGUCUUACAUCCUGGCAGGAAUCAGAAGGCCAGGGCUGUCCUUUUUGCCGAUGUGAAAUUAAAGGUACUGAGCCCAUUGUGGUAGAUCCAUUUGAUCCUAGAGGAAGUGGCAGCCUGUUGAGGCAAGGAGCAGAGGGAGCUCCCUCCCCAAAUUACGAUGAUGAUGACGAUGAACGAGCUGAUGAUUCUCUCUUCAUGAUGAAGGAAUUGGCUGGUGCCAAGGUGGAACGACCUCCUUCUCCGUUCUCUGUGGCCCCACAAGCUUCCCUUCCUCCAGUGCCACCACGACUUGACCUUCUGCAGCAACGAGUGUCUAUUCCUUCAAGUGCUUCUGGUCUUGGAACUGCUUCUAAAGCUGCUUCUGGCUCCCUGCAUAAGGACAAACCAUUACCAAUACCUCCCACACUGCGAGAUCUUCCACCACCACCCCCUCCAGACCGGCCAUAUUCUGUUGGAGCAGAAACCCGGCCUCAGAGACGCCCCUUGCCUUGUACACCAGGCGACUGUCCGUCCAGAGACAAACUUCCCCCUGUCCCCUCUAGCCGCCUUGGGGAAUCAUGGCUGCCUCGGCCAGUCCCCAAAGUACCAGUAGUUGCCCCAAACACUGGUGACCCCUGGACGGGGAGAGAGUUAACCAACCGACAUUCACUUCCAUUUUCGUUGCCCUCACAAAUGGAACCCAGAACAGAUGUGUCCAGGCUCGGAAGCACGUUCAGUCUGGAUACCUCCAUGAAUAUGAAUAGCAGCCCAUUAGCCGGUCCAGAAUGUGAGCACCCCAAAAUCAAACCUUCAGCAUCGGCCAAUGCCAUUUAUUCUCUGGCUGCCAGACCUCUUCCUGUGCCAAAGCUGCCAUCUGGGGAGCAGUGUGAAAGUGAGGAGGACACAGAGUAUAUGACUCCCUCCUCUAGGCCUGUAGGGCUUCCAAAGCCAGAGGUGAAACGGCCUUUGGAGACAGCCCAGAGUUCACGAGCGUGUGACUGUGACCAGCAGGUUGAUAGCUGUACAUAUGAAGCAAUGUAUAAUAUUCAGUCCCAGGUGGCACCCUCUGUCACAGAGAGCAGCACCUUUGGUGAGGGGAAUUUGGCUGCAGCCCAUGCCAACACUGGCCCUGAGGAAUCGGAAAAUGAGGACGAUGGGUACGAUGUCCCGAAGCCACCUGUACCGGCAGUGCUGGCCCGCCGAACUCUCUCCGAUAUCUCUAAUGCCAGCUCCUCCUUCAGCUGGUUGUCUCUAGAAUGUGAUCCCACAACAAACUUCACUGAGGGUUCCCAAGUUCCGGAAAGGCCUCCCAAACCAUUCCCUCGGAGAAUCAACUCUGAACGAAAAGCUACGGGUAGCUGUCAGCAAGGGGGUGCUGCCGCUGCUUCUGCUGCCGCCACCUCGCCACAGCUCUCCAGUGAGAUCGAGAACCUCAUGAGUCAGGGAUACUCCUACCAGGACAUUCAGAAAGCUUUGGUCAUUGCCCACAACAACAUUGAAAUGGCCAAGAAUAUCCUCCGGGAGUUCGUUUCUAUUUCUUCUCCUGCCCAUGUAGCCACCUAGCAGAUCACCUGCCUGCUGCAGCUUUAGAGGACCCAUGAGCUGGGAGCUCUUACUUGAGUAGCACCUAAAGGGGCAGAGGUUCCUUUGGAGACUUCACAAUGAAGUCUUACCCUGUCUGUAGGAUAUCACAUCUGUGGUUCCAAGAUUUCAACGCAGUGGAAUGAAAAUUGGAGCAGCUAGUGUGUUUUAUUAUUUUAUUUGUUUUGAGAGUGCGUUUGAAGGUGUCCUUCAGUCCCUGCUUAGAGAGAGUGGAUUUUUAUUAAAUGGUAGUCUACCUGGGGAACAGUCCAGAAAGCAGUAGAAGUAUUGUGCUGUAAAUCCUAAUUGAGGACUUAAGACUUUCCUGGGUUAAGAAUGUGGUCAUGUGUGUGUGUGUCUGUCUGUCUGUGGUUGUGUGUAUGUCCUGUGAUUAUAAGAUUAACCUGCUGUCUGUGUUAAUCCCAGGUAGGGAAUUAGCACAAGAGGUUUAGGAAGGAAUCUUUUAAAGAUUUCCAUCUACUGUGGUAUUAUACCCAACCCCACACUCCCCUUUGGCUUGGAUUAUCAUGUGCAUAGCUAAAGUCUCGUAUUUUUAGAACACUGUCCCUCUGUCCUUUCCCCUGUCUCCUCCUUCUUCCUUCUCCUUGGUGUCUGUCAUUGGCAGUGGGCUUGCUAUGACCAGCCUUACUGAACUCUAGUGGCUUAUAGGAUGUUCUUUAAUAGUGUGCUGGUGUUGGUUUGUUUGGUAGAUAGGUGGGGGAAAAAAGUACUGUUGCUGUGUCAGUAUAGUCCCGUUUGAUCCUAGCAGCUAACACUGGUCACUCCAAAGCACUGUUUCUAUAGGAACAUUGAAUCUGUGCAAAUAAGAUGUUUUAAUUAUCCUAAUUACUUAAUGACUGAUCUGAGAUAGAGGCCUUCAAAUACAUUCCAUGCCCUCCCUGUGGGAGUCAGUUGCCUUGGUGCCAGGUAUGUGUUCUAAAGUAGUCAUGAGUUUUUCUAUUUAAUGGGAAGGGAAGAAUAUUUGUUUCCAGCAUGGCUUUCUGGCCCAAAUACCAUGAAGCUUUGAGGAAGCUUCAUUCACAUGCUCUUUAGCUUGUUAAACAUAAAAUGUACAAAAUACAGAAUAAGGAUUUAAGUAUUCAGUUUUUCUUCCCAGUGAAUUAAUUCCAGCUUAUAUUGGUGUCUCCCUUUGAACAUGAGCCAGGUUAUAUUUUAAAAAAUGAAUUUUUUCUUUGCCCUUUAAGGAAUGAGGCUACCACCCAUGGUAGCACAGCAUUUUGCUGAUAAUUAGCACCAAUCCUACAUGGUGCCACUGAUGACUGGGUUUUCUCUUGUGCCUAUGGCUUUGGGAAUGUAGCAUCUCCUUCCCCUUUCCUCUUCACCUGAGGUCCUGCAUACUCUUUACUGACUGUGUUCUCCACAGUAAUGAGACAUCAGUUAGUGUCAUAAAUGACUUUACAAUAGUCAGAGACAAUAUGUGAAGAGCCCAGCAGUUUGUGUAAUUGCGGUUUCAUAAAGAAGAUUCAGAGUCCAGCGUGGAGUGCCGUUAGCCAAUUCCUGUAGAUACUGCUAAACGACCCCUCGAGUUCAGUUAGUUCUCUCUCUCAAGGCUUGCUGACAUCCCUAGCAGGGUGUAGCCCUUCCUCCUUGUCAGAAACAAGCCUGCUCUUUGAUCAAUCUACUCUCCUCUAAAUCUAAACCAUGCUUCUGUCUUUAGAUCCAGACAGAAAUGACUCUCCUCAGAUCUGUUUUCUUUCCCCUCUUGUCAUCUCUGGAACUGAAACUUUUUCUAACUCUUCUCUUGGCUUUCAGCUACUCAUAGAUCUUUUAGUUUCAUCUCUUGCCUCAGAGCCAUUUACGUUCCCAGAGGAGACAGUCCAGAACUUCUUGUUGAUUUGCCAUGGUUACCCAGCGUCUCCUCUCCAUGGCAGAAAACAACACAGCCCACCGUCAGGUGCGGGAGGUCCUGAAUUGGGGUGGAAGGGCAGGGAAAGUGGCAGUGAGUAGGAAGCAGUAACCCAGCCUCUCCUUUUGUUUGUGGUAACAUUUACUUUGCAUUUUGUUUAGCUGUUGAAGGCCUAGACAGAGAAAUAGAAAAAAAUGGCAGCAGUUUCCGUGCCUGUCCACACUGGAGCUUGUCCCUGUCCUCUGUAUUUAUUGCCUGUAGACUGAAGAUCUGUCCAGAGAACAAAAGCACAGGUUCUGCAUGUCUUCUCCUUUUCAGUGCAUCCAAAGUCGUCUUCUUUGGAGAUUAUGCCCUUACUUAUAUAGGCUAAGGGCAAGUUCAUUCUUCCUUUUCCUAAGUGAGCUCCUGUGUAUCUCGGCGGGUCAGCCCUGAAACUGGGGCGCCAGAUCCCUGUGUUGAACACGUGCACUGUUGAUUGGCUUGGUUGCUAGCUUGGUUCGCAGUGUAUCUGCAGGCUUUCCAGGUUUUAGACCUUUCUGGGAGGGGUUUCCCUUUGGCUGGGUGCUCUAAGGGCACACCUGGGUCCAUGCCUGAGAUUGUCAGGCGAGCCUCAGGAAAGUUUUCACAUGGCUCUUGUUUUGAGGAUAUUUCCAAAACUUCAGUUUCUUAAAGCUCCUUUGACUGAGACACCAAUAACUUGUUCUUCAUCCUCCAUUUAUGUGGCAAUUUUUAGUUCUUUGGCUGUGCUCUGAAUUUAACUAAAAUUGCCCUUUCACAAAGUGGGCUUUGAGUUUUGCCAUUUUGGGCAAACCCAUCUCCUUUCCCCCUCCUAAUUACAAAUGGUUCCUCUUCUGUUAACAAUCAGGUGGAUAAGGUAAAAACCACUUUGGUAUUUUCCUUUUCCUCAAAUGCAUUAGGCUGUUCUAUUCAACCCAAUCUUCUGCUUUUCCUGUAUCUUUCCUGGGUUCUGUAGCUGCCUUGUUGCUGGGUGGCUGCUUUGCAAUACUUGAUCAGCUGCCCCUUGUCAUACUUCUUCCAUUAAAGUAGGGCAUUCUCAACGUGGAAAGACCCUGUGGCUCUGUGAUAUACCUCCCUUUAGGUAAAUAAUAGAUUGGGCAGCUUGUUGUCUCAGCAUUUAUCUGUUAAUAUUUAUGUCAGCAGUGACCUGCACCUGUGGAUGGCCGUUCUCUUCCCCAGCCCUACCCUGCAUAUUCUGCCAUUCUUCUAUUCUCUCUCUUCUGAUACAGACAACACCCCGGCCCAGGAUGUGGGCCAGUACUAAUAGUAUCAUUUAGCUGUUUUGUGGAUUUAAAAAGUUGUUUUGGAGAUGGGGUGGGGGGAGGUGUCACUAUUCUUUGUACUUAAAAUAUUUAUUUCCUCUAUAGAAAAGUAAAAUAUAUUUUAUGGUCCAAACAGCAAACUUACAAAUGAAUUUUUGUAAAUUUAUUUGCAAAAUAGGGACCAGCUAUAUGUUCCCUUUGAGACACCAUUAACAAGAUCUAGACCUUUUUGUGGGUGAUCAGCAGUGGUGUUAAUGCGGAAUAUUCUCCUACCUCACAUCAUGACAGUCAGAGGGUUAUAGACCUUCUUCCCAAACUGGUUAUAAGUCCCCCUUCUUGCUGUUGGCCUUUCUUCCUCUGCAAUGACCACUGCCCAUGGGAUAGCAGUAUUCUGACCAUUGGCCUGGCUGUGUUAAUAGCUCGUUUGUUCAUUCAGCAAAUGUUUAUGAGUGAUUGCCAUGUGCUAGAAGUGUCAGCUCUGUGUUCUUUGCCACCUUGUGGUGAUUCACUGACGUUGGGGGAUUGUACCUGGGCUGAUAGCACUUGCAUUUGGCCCUAAAAUAGCCCUUUCCAGUAAGGUUGUGCAAUUUUUGUUUAUAGCUCUUUUAUGUAGACAUAUAUUUCCUUAUAGAGCUGUUCCAUGUAAAAUCAGUUCAAGACUCUCUCAGUAACCCCUGUUGUCUUCCCAUAGCUUUGAUAAUGUCUGUGAGGUUCCUUGGUAUAAGUCUUAUGGAUACCCACCAUUUUUAUGUAUUUCAGUGGAAUCUCUUUGGUGGCUUGAGGGUUAUAUUGACUCAGAGUUUCAUGAUAGGGCAGUUAAAUGUUUAAGCAAACAUCUGCCCACAGUCCCUUUUCCAAUCUAGUGCCUUCCUUGAUCUUUUUACUGAGCUGCUUGUGUCCCUAAUUCCCCUUGUUGGGAAGUUUCCUUCUAACCUUUCUAGGUCCUGUCACGAUCUCCCAUUCUAUUUGCAACUUCAUUUCUAAUCGUUCGACAACCUUUGCAGCUAAUCCUAUGUCUUGUGAGAGCUGAAGGUGUGGGAGAGGGAUGGGCACCUGUCUCUGGGUCCUAAUCUUCAGCCAGUUGUUUGGUCUCUCAGGAGCCAGGCGGUAAAAUAGAUUUAACUCAGUUCUCAGAAAUGUCAGGGAGCUUAGAGAGCUUAGCGACCCUAGAACUUAGUAUCAAAAUCAACACAUCAUUAUUCUCUUAGACUUUCAGGCUUUGGAAGUUCAAUUUAAAGUAUUCUGACUCAGCAGAAAGCAUUACUGUCACUACUCUGAUCUCAAUCUGUAUUAGCAGUCUUUCUUUAGAAAUGCAUAUAGCCAUUUAAUGCAUGGAGGGUGCAUAGUGGAAGAAGGUCAAGGUUGUAUCUUUGACUGUCUUGUUUAGGAAUCCUUCGGAUGCAAGAAACAGAAGUAUUUAAGCUAAGAAGAAAGGAGGAAGUCAUAAGAAUGCAAAGUAUUUCACAGAACCCCGUAUAAUAAGUACAGCUGAUUCUUGCAUGGAGCUGGAACUGUGAAACUUUGCACCUCGUCCUUUCUCCUGCUUGUCCGUCUGUUUAUCGGCUUGCAAAGCCCCAAAA